AUGCCUUUUGGAAAUACUGUUGCUGAGAAAAGGUCGACUCUUUGUGAUGCGUUGAAGAGAGAGAAAAAAAGUGGGACGGUUAGCUUUCCUAAAGUAUUUUUGGACCCAAAUGUUGAAAUAUCCACGUGUGAAAAAAAACUCAACGAUUUGGAACAGGAUAUUCUGGGAUGGGAUCAGGCCAAUGGAGAAAAUGAAUUUCACAGAAUUCAUAGUCGGUUACAACACCUCUUACUUCGUCUUGAUCGGUUCUCGGGAAAGGAAGUAGAAGAAGAGAUCACGCGGCUGAGACUUGUGUCCAAAUGCUCUCGGUUGAUUGGAGAGGUGAAUUUGGCUCGGCAAAGGUCUUUUGUACAUUCUCAUUGUAGUGGACAGGUAGCAGUGGUUCAUGAAGAGUCAGCAAGUGUGGGGGCAUCUCUUCUGGAUAUUCCUAAUCCAACCUUGGUACAUUCUCCCAUUGAACAGCGUGAGAACACACCGGUAGUGAAUGACCUGAUAUCAUUCGAAGAUAUUCCAGCUCAUCGUCAACAAGAUUUAUUACCGGAAGAACCGAUUGUCACGAGACAACCAGCCUCGCAGGAGGAAUAUUACAAUCUAUUUCCAGGUUUUAGCUCCCAAGGUCGUCUGGAACCAGUUUAUCCGCAAACUCAGUCAUGGUCGAAUAUCUCUCGAAUCGCACAUCGUGGAUACAGUCAGCAACCUAUCCCAGAGGAAUCGAUUGAGGAUAUUACUGCUGCUCCAAGAAAUUGGAAAGGCCAGGAGGAUUCGUAUCCAGCAGAAGGAAGCGGCUUCCAAUGGCGCGAUAUUUCACGAUGGAGUAUACGAUACAAUGGCAGGACCAGCGUGAACGACUUUCUCGAACGGGUAGAGGAGCUGCGUGUGUCACGAGGGGUGUCGAAGACGCAACUUCUACACGCUGCACCGGAGAUAUUCGUACAAGAUGCUCUCCUGUGGUAUCGGACGGGAAUAUUUACAUCGUGGGAUGACCUGACGGAACAGCUUAGACAAGCAUUUAGGCCUUACGAUUAUGAAUAUAGCCUUUGGGAUGAGAUAAGACGGCGUACGCAGGGUUCCCAGGAAAAAGUUCUGAACUUCAUUAUAGCGAUGGAGAACUUGUUUCGCAAAUUAGACCACCCACCCGAUGAACAAGCUAGAGUAAGUCUCAUCAGAAGGAAUUUACUGCCAUACCUGCAAACCCAGCUUGCCCUUCAACAGAUGUCUACUAUCUCUGACCUGACUCGUCUCUGUCGUAUGAUCGAAGAAACGGAAAUGCGAACACAAAAAUUUGUACCACCACCAACCAGUUACCGGAAUCUUCUAGAACCCGAGUUAGCCUAUAAAAAACCCCAGAACCAAUUGAAUGUAGCUGCAGUGAACAUCCGAAGAGAGGACCGGAACGAGACCUCAGAAACGCCCCCAACAAGCACAAAAUUCUUGCCCACAUUGUAUAAAAAACGGGAGACGGGGUCAACAGUAGGCCGACUGUUGCCGAUAAAAUCCCCUAAGGCCGAACACUCAAAAAUACUCUUGGACUACGUACUUGCGCACGCUAAAGAUGACACCAGACCCUACCUGAAGGUUUCAAUUUUCGGAGGUUCUUUUCUUGGGUUAUUGGACAGCGGCUGCACUGGCACAAUAAUAGGGGGUCCCGGUUGGAACAUCCUGAAGUCUAUUUGCGCAUUGAAGAAAUCAACCCAAUCAAUGUGUACUGUUGCAAAUGGACAGUCGUGCUCAAUAUUAGGAACUGUUUCCGUUCCGUUCAAGUUAUAUGAUCGGGUCAAGGUUCUGGAUGUACUUGUGGUACCAUCGUUACCCCAUACACUGAUACUAGGGAUGGAUUUCUGGAGGGCUAUGGAGAUUGUCCCCGAUAUGUUUUCGGGUGAAUGGUGUUUCAGGAAUGAUCAACAUGUGCUACAACCUUCCACUAUGGCACUAGCCUCAAUCGAUUCCCUCACUAUGGAACAGCUACAGACUUUGAAUGGAGUUAUUGAAGAGACUUUUCAGAAGAUGGGGGAUAGAUUAGGGUGCACGAAUCUGGUCGAACAUGUUAUUCGCACGGAUCAUCCACCUAUCCGCCAGCGAUAUUACCCUCUCUCACAUGCCCUGCAUCAACAAGUUGAUCAGGAGCUUGAAAAGAUGCUUCGGGACGGAGUAAUUGAGCCUUCCCAAUCACCAUGGGCGUCUCCUAUAUUACUCAUCAAGAAGAACGAUGGGAGCUAUAGGUUUGUAGUCGAUUUCAGGGAGCUCAAUAAGGUCACCAUUCGCGACGCGUACCCACUCCCAAUGGUGAGUGCUACAUUAGACAAAUUGCGAAAUUCUCAUUACCUCACCACCCUGGACAUAAAAUCGGCUUAUUGGCAAAUACCUCUGUCUGAGCAGUCAAAGCCUCUGACAGCGUUUGUGGUGCCCAACCGAGGAUUGUAUCAAUUUCGCAGGAUGCCAAUGGGCCUCCAUAAUGCCCCAGCCACGUGGCAACGGUUCAUGGACCGUGUAGUCGGGAUAGAUCUCGAACAAUAUGUCUUUGUCUAUCUGGAUGAUGUUAUCAUCUGUAGCCCUACUUUUGCGCAACACCUCGUGUUGCGAGAAGUACUAACCCGGCUCACGAGGGCCGGUCUCACACUUAAUCGAGAAAAGUGCCACUUUUGCAAAUCGGAAUUACGUUAUCUUGGCUACGUAGUUGGAGCAGGGGGACUCAUGGUUGAUCCGUCUAAGGUAGAAGCUAUUUUACAAAUCACAGCACCCAAGUCCGUGAGCGACGUGAGGAGACUGAUUGGUCUUGCAUCAUGGUACCGACGAUUCGUACCAAAUUUCUCGUCACUCACAGCACCUUUGUGCAAUUUAUUGAGGAAGGGCCAGAAAUUUGUGUGGGACUUAAGUUGUGAGGAAGCCCUAGCAUCUCUCAAGAACCAUCUGAUUUCUGCACCUAUCUUAACCUGCCCGGAUUUCGCAAAACCUUUCACGGUGCAGACAGACGCUUCAGAUUUUGGACUCGGAGCUGUUCUCACCCAGCAGGAUGAUGAUGGCGAGAAGGUGAUCAGUUACCUUAGCCGUUCACUGUCGAAGGCUGAAAGAAAGUAUAGCACCACAGAAAAGGAAUGCUUAGCUGUGUUGUUUGCCAUCGAAAAAUUCAGACCAUAUAUUGAAGGUACAAAAUUUGCAGUAGUUACCGAUCCUUACAGUCUUAAGUGGCUGAACCAGAUCAAAGAUCCCGUCGGCAGAAUCGCUAGGUGGGCGGUCAGACUCCAACAAUACGAUUUCGAAAUAAUUCACCGGAAGGGAAAGGAGCACGUGGUUCCGGAUGCUCUGUCCAGGUCGGUACCUUGUGUGGACGCAAUGGAGUCUGAUGGAACACUUAAGAAUUCAAAAGACACUUGGUACAAGAAUAUGUGUACUCAGGUGACAAACAACCCAGAAUAA